GGCAACAGUUAGUUGUUGCCAUAGCAACCUAUCUGUCUUAUAAACGUCGCGAAUUCCUUGUAAUAUUUUGAUUGUCAAAAUCAGAUUAUUAUAGUAAUCGUGAUAUUGUACACCUCUAAACAAUGGCAGAGAGGAUCACGACGACGGCGGAGGACACGCUAGUGCGUUACGACAACCCGGUGUUGGUUUCUAAGAAAGCUGAAGCAAUCCCUUCCCCGCGUGGAGAUGCAAUAGAGCCAUGUGUCCCUACUGAGGCCAAACGUGAGACUGAAGAAAUAUUGAACGCUAUCUUACCACCUAAGGAAUGGGAAGAAGAUGGUCAGAUAUGGACCCAAAAAAUAUCGUCGACGCCGGCGACACGUCUGGACGUAAUCAACCUGCAAGAGUUGCUGGAUACGCGGCUGCAGCAGCGGCAGGCGCGCGAGACCGGUAUCUGUCCCGUGCGCAGGCAACUCUACACGCAAUGCUUCGACGAACUCAUACGACAGGUAACAAUAAACUGCGGUGAGAGAGGUCUGUUACUGCUGCGCGUGCGCGACGAGGCUCGCAUUACAAUGGAGGCUUACCAAACCCUCUACUGCAGCUCUAUCGCAUUCGGCAUGAGGAAGGCCUUGCAGUCGGAGCAAGGAAAAUCCGACCUUUUGGACCAAGUAGCAAAGUUGGAAUCUGAACGGUCGAGUUUGGAGAAACUUUGCGCUGAGUUGAAACAGAAGACAGAACAGCUGGAGCGUCGCGCCGCAGAACUGAGAGCUGCAGAAGAGAAGAGACAUCAAGAAGAAUUACUUGCUUUGAAGAAGACAAACGCGCAACUGAAGGCUCAAUUGGAGGGAAUUAUUGCACCGAAAAAAUAAAGGCGAUGGACGUAUGGAUAUUUUU